UCACGUGAGUUCACUCAGGCUUCAAAAACACAGUCCGGAAAAGGUGGUGAAACGCAGGCUUAUUCCCUAAACAAAUACCUAUUGUAAUUAUGGAUGAAGUUGAUAACAUAAUAAUUCAUACUUUUCGCCAAAUUGGAUGCGACAUCAGUUCGGAGAUCCAAAGCUUGCAACAGUUUUCUACAGAGCUCACCGUCGAGGCUGUAGCAAGAUGCUUGCGAAUAAUAGACGACAAGAUCACAGUGUCGAAGUCACUUCCACCUGGGAUGUCUGCAAGAUUCAGGGUUGGAACAGAUCUAGCCAAUGCAUGCAUGUCAUUGGGCUACAAAGGUGAAAUUGGGUAUCAGACAUUCCUGUAUGCAAAUGAGGCGGAUAUAAGGAAAGUGCUCAUGUUUCUCAUUGAGAAACUUCCUAAGGACACAUCAACAACUGCAGAUGAACCUCUAGGCAAGUCUGCACUUCUCAAUCGUGCUAUAUCCCAGGCCAUUAUGGCCCAGCUACAGAGCCCUUGGCUCCCACCUCACUGUAAGCGGAGGGGGUACCGGUGGAAGAAUGCAACAUCCUGGACUAAGGAAGGUUGUCGGGGUAUGCAUGGCUUCCACAGCAUACAUAUUUCUAUCCCUCAAGGCAUGGGGGAUGUCACCAGGAAAGUCCCUAAAGAUGUUAAGAACUAUUAUGCAAGUCAUUUACCAGUAGUCUCCAAGCAGCCUGGGCGAAAAGAGAACCUGGCAGCGUCUCUGAUGGAGGCUAAUGCUGUCCAGUUAACGGCGGCUCUUGAAUUGGAAACUGAAUGGAAUACAGCUGGUCUUCAGUCUCGUUUGUCCCAACAGGAAUAUCAAGCUCGAAAGAAAGAGCGUUUGAAAAAGAAAAUUGCGGAACACCUCCGCCAAGGGCUUUCGAAGGCUGAAGGUCCUUCUGGGACGAGCCAAGCGGCUGAUCUUAUGCAGGUCCUCAACGAGUUCAAUGAAAAGGGCGGCAGUAAGCAGAACAAGGGCUCUCGGUUUACUCACGCUGAAAAACUGCAAUUUGCUCAGCCAGAAGACCAGACUGUGUCUCAGAUUGGCAUUGGUGAAGGAGUUCCAACAGCGGAUUCUGAGGAGGAACUAAAGAGGAAGAAGGAGGAAGAGGCCGAAGUGCUCCGUAAUAAGUUGACAGAGAUAACAGGCAAAAUAGAAGAGCUUGAUAUGGACAUGAAGAAAUUCACUGCUGGCAUGCAGCAAAUGGAAGAGCAAGUCUCCGUCCACGAACACAAGAACACAGAGAAAGUUGAUGCAGUACGAGUCAAAAAACGAACUCUUGACCUUCUACCAGACGCUGAAAACAACAUUGCUAAGCUCCAGGGUGUGGUAGACGCAAGUGCUAGUCGCCUCGUGAAUUUGGGCAACCAGUGGGAGAAGCAUCGGGCUCCACUUAUUGAUGAGUUCAGACAGCUUAAGGAACUGAAUACGAACAGAGUGUCUGAAUCUCAAAAGAAACUUGAAGAUAUUAAGUCACUGAGAGAAAAGAUGAAGGAAUUGGCGGAGGAGACGCGAGGGAAGGAGGAUAUGUUAAAGCAGUUGGCUGGAGAGUAUGAAAGAAUGGCCAAGGAUGUAAACCGUUCAGCUUACACAAGACGAAUCUUAGAAAUUGUCAGCAAUAUCAAACGACAAAAGCAAGAUAUUGAUAAAAUUCUUUUGGAUACAAAAACUCUCCAGAAAGAGAUUAAUCAAUAUCAAGGCAAGUUGGAUAGAACAUUUGCUGCAACUGAUGAACUUAUUUUCAGGGAUGCCAAGAAAGAUGAGGCUGUCCGUAAGGCAUACAAGUACUUAGCAGCCUUGCACGAGAGCUGUGGUUUGCUUAUAAAGACAGUGGAGGAGACAGGAAGUGUAGCGCGUGAGAUCCGUGACCUUGAGGACCAGAUCGAUUCCGAGAGCAAGAACAAGACAAUAGCUAACCUAGAAAAAAUCUCAGAGGAUUAUGUGCAGAUGAAAAAAGAAAACCAACAGUUGGUUGCCCAACUUAAGGGCAAGUGAUAAGUGAUCAGGAUGUACUUAGGUUAAAGGUUUAUAUCAGUAUAUUAAUAAUACAAUGAUUUU